UGCUAGCCACCCUUUAGGGAGACAUGGAUGCAAACAAAUGAGAAGCAUUGUUAUUAUUAUUUUCAAACACAUAAAAUGGAACCGACAAAAUUGGAUGCGGAAGAGCAUCUUGAGUACGUCGAAACAUCAGAUCUGAGCCCAAUCGAGGCCCCAGAUGCAAAUGUAGGCGACUCCUCAGAGCCAUGUGAUGUAAUGGAGGUCGAACCUCCACCCAAGUUUUCACUCACCAAAGACUCAUCCAGACCGAUUUUAUUAGCACAAUAUCCAUGCUCAACAAAUAUUACCCGCGGAUGUAAAUUCUCCCCUGAUGGUCUCUGUUUACUGACCAAUUCCGAAGACAACCAACUUCGCAUCUUUGAGACCCCCAACCAUUCCGAAGACGUUCCGCAAGAACUGAAACCAUGUUUUGUGAUGGCAGAAGGCGAACUCAUCUAUGAUUUCUGUUGGUAUCCAACCAUGGAUUCGAGGAAUCCGGACACGUGUUGUUUUGUGAGCACGGCUCAAUAUGCUCCUAUUCACUUGUACGACGCUUAUGACGGUCAUAUUCGAGCCACUUACAGAUGCUUUGAUGGCGUGGAUGAGAUGGUGGCGGCCUAUUCCCUGGCAUUUGACCCGCAUGGACAGAAACUGUUUGCGGGCUUGAAAAACGAAAUCCGAAUUUUUGACAUUUCAAUUCCUGGACGCGACUGUGAGAUUCGAAAAACUUGGACGAAACAAGCUCAUGGACCCUCAGGCAUCAUAUCUUGUAUCGCUACCAGUCCGGCAUUGAGUGAAGUCUACGCUGUGGGGACUUAUGGUAAAUCCAUUGGUGUCUACGCAGAACCCGGAGAACUGAUCUGUCUACUCACAGGUCAAUCCGGAGGCAUCACACAGAUCCAAAUCACUCCAGAUGGAAACCGGCUGUUAGCUGGAGGACGAAAGGACAAUCAAAUUCUAAUUUGGGACCUCAGAAAUCCAGGCGAACUUUAUGGGACUUUGGAACGGAAAGUGGAAACAAAUCAACGGAUUCAGUUCGACAUCAGAGAUGACAUGGUGGUUUCCGGUGGGACGGAUGGCGCCAUCCGGGUUUGGGAUCUCACCCAACCUCCAAUAGAAAGUGGCAAAUCUUCUGUGAUUGAACCAAUUCUUUCCUGGGAGAAUGUCCACGGAGGCGAUUGCGUUAAUGGAAUCACUUUUAAUCCCUAUCAAAGCAAGAUUGCUUCGUCGUCUGGUCAAAGACAUUUCAAAGAUGUCUCCGCCGAGAUCUCAUCGUCGGAAGAUGAGAUCGAGGGGGAAGGUGAUGAAUCCAAAAUGAAACGGAUUGAAAACUCGUUCAAAAUUUGGGCAUUGGGCGAAUAAAAUUGAUUUUGUCA